GAGAAACUGCAGGAACAAGUAGGGCAUGUCUGUGGGUACAAGGUGUCUCUUCUGGACCCUCAUUUCAGCAGUGUCAGGGGUCUCUGUGGAGAUGGUCGGACAAGUGGGAGACUCGGUGACCAUGCCCUGCCCACUGCACUCUAUGCAGCAGCACCCUACAGGGCUGUUGGUGUACUGGCAGCUGAACGAUAAGGAUGUUGUUGCUGCUGUAGUUAAUGGGAUGGUGGAAGACAAGUACCAAGAUCCCAGAUACAAAGGGCGGACGUAUCUGAGUCCUGAGGGGCUGAAAAAUGGGAAUUUCAGUUUACGGCUGUCGAAUCUUUCUCUGAGUGACCAGAAGAUAUAUGACUGCAUUAUCAUGCUGGAACUGGAUGACGACAUGAAGGACCUGGGGAUAACCAGCAUACACCUGGUGGUGAAAGCUGGCUUUAACAUCCCAUCAGUGACCAGCUCUGUGACCGGGAAAGUAAAAUAUGGCCAGGAGGUGACAAUGACCUGUAGGUCUCAUGGUGGCUUAUUUAUCCCAAAUGUGACAUGGCUGAAUUCUACUGACGGAUCCCCCAUGUAUGAGGGAAGAAUACACAGUAUGCAUGAGAAGCACGGGACCGUUAUCUCUGUCACUAGCACCAUGUGCCUUAAUGUCACUUCUACCUACAAUGUGACCUGCAGAGUGACCGACGCACAAGACAAUGUCACCUCUCUAAACUAUCUUUUAGAGAUUGACACAGAGUUGGAUUAUAGUAAUGAGACACUUCGUCAGGUCCCCAAGGUUGUGUCAGUCAGUCUUGUUUCCCUGCUCUUGAUUGGUGUCCUACUGUGUGCCGUGAUCUGGCUGAUUAAACGUAAUGUGUGCUGCAAUCGGUACUCAGGUGUUAAUGGAAACCACGUGGAUCAAAUAAACUGUUAGUGCUGGACAGGUGCAGAAAAUUAGAUCCAUAACAAAAUUCAGAUGACAGAGCAUGUUCUCUGCAUGAAGUGACAGAUAGCACCUCUCUGUGAGGACAUGUGUAGGAGCCGAUCCCUUAUUUACAGUGGCACAUGGAGGGGUCUGUCCUAACCUUUGAGAAGAUAAGACGAAGGAUGGCACCUCCUGCCAGAGUGAUGGAAGUGACGUGUUUGGCAACAGCAAUUGCCUAUUCAUCAACAUUUUCCAUACUUCAUAUCACAGUUCUGUGGUGUAAUGAGAGAGGGAUGACACAUGCUGUGUCCAUUGUGCUGGGAAAGAAGAUUUGAAGAGAUUGAGCUUUGUAAAUCUGACCAAACCACUUCACUUAUGUCCAUAAGUCUUGCACACACAAAGCAGGUGAUGACCAAGAAACCACUUUGUCAUUUCAAGGUAACAAUGACUUACUGCCCUAUUUCAAUUUAUUACCCAACAACCACCUCAUACAUUGUCACAACCAUUCCAAGCACUGAGUCAGUCAUGGCAAGGUCACAAUUAAUGCUUUAACUAUUCUUUGUAUACAACUCUGCCACAGCAAAUUCACAGCCUCAUCCCAAGGUUACAGUGACAAAGUGACCUAUUCUACAAUUUCAACCAGUGCCUAAGGGAUUCCAAAGUUAUAUCCCAUGGUCCAACUAUGAAUUCAGCACACAGACCCUGUCCCCAAGAUCAAUCAGCCAAAGGACACAACCACGACUGUUCUUUCCACUGUGCAUACAAACCAUAUCUGCAGGGUCUAGAUUCCUAGUACUAGCACAGAAAGCUCUCAAAGAAUAUUUCUAACAAUACAGAAAAAGCAGCAUUUCUAAAUGUUCAGCUUAAAUCUACAGAUGAAGAAUGUACAGUGCAGUUACUUAAUAUACCAAAAUGGAACUGAAAAUAAGUCACUUGUGAGUAAAAGUAUUUGCCAAACUUCAUUUAAUCAAAGAACAGAGCCCAGAUGACAUGACGCAGAGACCCUCAGCUGUAAGAUGCAACAGAUUGUCCCCUAGAGGGCAGGUUAUGGCACAGGCAUUAAAUAACAGAAGCCUAGCAUGAAAAAUGCAGCAACUAAUGUAUCAGACAAUAAAACUAAUUACCAUAGAAAAUAUCUCCAA